UACAUUUUGACUAUUAGACCUUAUGUCCACUGCAUUUUCUAUAGCUCAGUACACAUGUUAAUGCCUAUCCAUACAGAUACGAUAAAGUAUCUGCAUUGACUUACGCGGCAGAGUAGAAAAACACGAAUCCAAAAUAUGGCAAGUUCGUCAAGACAUGAAACAAACAAAGUUUGUUGUUAUGCACAUCCAGAUGCACCACUUAUUGAGGACUAUCGGGCUGGUGAUCAAAUCUGUUCAGAGUGUGGAUUAGUUGUUGGUGAUAGAGUAAUAGAUGUUGGUUCAGAGUGGAGAACAUUCAGUAAUGAAAAAGCUGGUGUUGAUCCAUCGCGUGUCGGUGGACCAGAAAAUCCACUUCUCAAUGGUUCAGAUUUAUCCACCAUGAUUGGCCCAGGAACUGGUGCAGCAUCUUUUGAUGCCUUUGGUGUAUCAAAAUAUCAAAACAGACGUACAAUGAGCAGUUCAGACAGAGCAUUGAUCAAUGCAUUUCGUGAAAUUAACGGAAUGGCCGAUCGCAUUAAUUUACCGAAAACCAUUGUUGAUAGAGCUAAUAAUUUGUUCAAACAAGUGCAUGAUGGAAAAAAUCUAAAGGGACGUGCAAACGAUGCUAUUGCUUCUGCCUGUUUAUAUAUUGCCUGCAGGCAGGAAGGUGUACCACGAACAUUCAAAGAGAUAUGUGCAGUCAGUAAAAUUAGUAAAAAAGAAAUUGGAAGAUGUUUUAAAUUGAUCUUGAAGGCACUGGAAACCAGUGUUGAUCUUAUCACUACAGGAGACUUUAUGUCUAGAUUUUGUUCUAAUCUUGGCCUUCCUAAUAUGGUUCAAAGAGCUGCAACACAUAUUGCUAGAAAAGCGGUAGAAAUUGAUAUUGUACCUGGAAGAUCGCCUAUUUCAGUAGCAGCUGCUGCAAUAUACAUGGCAUCACAGGCUUCAGAAGACAAGAGAUCCCAAAAAGAAAUUGGUGAUAUUGCUGGUGUAGCAGAUGUUACCAUCAGACAGUCUUAUAAAUUAAUGUAUCCUCAUGCAGGAAAAUUGUUUCCAGAAGAUUUCAAAUUCGCGACACCGAUCGAUCAAUUACCGCAAAUGUAAAGUAAACAUGGAGCCUUAUGUUUCAAUGUAUAUUUUAUCAUGUUGAAACAGUAGUUUAUGUAUCUGAAAUAAUUAUUCAUAAAUAAUUUAACCUUUA